AUGACGCAGGAGGCUGCGGCGCGAAUGUACGGCGACCUGGCCGGAAGGACGCAAGUUUUCACUGAUGAGUUCAUCCUGCGGGAUGGCUUUGCAUGGGCCGCCUGCCUAUCCCCUCAGCUUGACACGGACCGACAGUGCCGCUUGUGGUACUGCGCAUCCUCGACAACAGCUGAGCUAUUCGGGCUUUUGUUGGCCGCCGACCUCCUACGCAAAUCGCCAGCCAUCAAGAGUGCAGCAAUAUUCUGCGACUCGAAACCUGCCCCGAGUAAGCUCUCGAGGGAGGAACGUGGCCCGCUUCUGGCUCAGCGCGUUGCACACAGCCUACUGACCCUUCAAAAGCGCGGCUGUGAUCUUGUGCUCCAGUGGCUCCCAUCACGCGUCAGCAUCGCGGGGAACGAGGCUGCAGAUGAACUUGCUAAACGAGCACACCCCGUCGAGACCCCGCUAAUCGAAUACGCAAGCUCUCUCGACUCGGCAUGCGAACAACCUUCACCGGGAGCUAACGCGCGAGCAUCCUGA